AUGUUUGAGGCUAAAGAUUUGAUAAAGUCGUUUGACAUGUUAAUAGAAGAGUAUGAACAAUUAAUAAACAACGAUAAAGAACAUAAGGAAACACGGAGAAAGCGCAGUUUCACACAAAAAAACAACCCAACUAAAUAUAGAUGGCGUUGUGUGAGAAGUGUUAAUAACGAGGAUUCAUCGUACAAUCAACGCACGGGAGCUAAGUUCUUGAUAUGGGGUGGAAAGGUCGAGGAACAAGUCGAUGAAUCUGGAAACCGACAACUGUGAGUUUAUAAUCAAGUGUACAGUUGUGUUUAUAGAAAUUAAGAAUAUAAAGAUCCAAGUUUUGAUGAUUAAUUAAUUUGUUAUAUUUAAUGUUAAUACCAUUUAUUCUAGUGACAACGAAAAUAGUUCUACGCCGAUCAACAUAGGAAACGAUUAUAACAUGACUUACAGUUGUCUGUGGUUUGUACCUAGAGGCCCAAAUAUAUUGGAAUAUUCUGUUGUUG